AUGGAAGAUGGUCAACUUCUGAGGGAACUGAAAAACGGGGCGGCUCGGAGCCCGGCGCCCGCCGCCCCGCGUGGCCGCUGCCUCCUGCUGGCCCUGCCGCCCGGCGCGCCGGUCCCGCCGCGCCGGGGCUCCUCGGCCUGGCUCCUGGAGGAGCUGCUGAGGCCCGACGGCCCCGAGCCCGCCGGCCUGGAUGCGGCCCGCGAGGGGCCCGACAGAAACUUCCGACUAAGCGAACACCGCCAGGCCCUGGCCGCCGCCAAGCACCGCGGCCCCGCGCCGCCCCUGGGGAGCCCGGAAGCCGGCCCCGGCCCGUGGGCCGAGGAGCGCCCGGCGGAGAGGAGCCUCCGGGGCUGGGACAGGUCCGGUGACCGCGGCGACCCUCCUCCCAGCGCCGACGAGCCGCGGCGGCCUGACCCGGAGGCCGAGGGGCCUCCAGCGCGGAGCGGCGAGGCGGUUCCAGGCGGCGCGGCCGAGGCGGCGAUCGUCUCCAGGUCGGAUCCCAAGGACGAGAAGCUGGCCCUGUACCUGGCCGAGGUGGAGAGGCAGGACAAGUACCUGCGGCAGAGGAACAAGUACCAAUUUCACAUCACUCCCGACGGCAACUGCCUCUACCGAGCGGUCAGCAAGGCAGUGUACGGGGACCAGAGCCUGCACCGAGAGCUGCGAGAGCAGACGGUGCACCACAUCGCCGACCACCUCGACCACUUUAGCCUCCUGAUUGAGGGCGACGUGGGGGAGUUUAUCAUCGCUGCUGCUCAGGACGGGGCGUGGGCCGGAUACCCUGAACUUCUGGCUGUGGGGCAGAUGCUGAACGUGAAUGUACAUCUAACUACUGGCGGGAGGCUGGAGAGCCCCACGGUGUCUACCAUGAUUCACUAUUUGGGCCCAGAGGAUUCCCUAAGGCCUAGCAUUUGGCUCAGUUGGCUCAGUAACGGACAUUACGACGCGGUGUUUGAUCACUCCUAUCCGAAUCCGGAGUAUGACACUUGGUGCAGGCAGACUCAAGUGCAAAGAAAACGCGACGAAGAACUUGCCAAGUCCAUGGCCAUAUCCCUAUCCAAAAUGUAUAUUGAACAAAACGCAUGCUCUUGAAGUGUCUGAAGCCCUCCACCCUGGGAAAAUUGCAGACCUAAUUUGUGUUUGGAGAAUUACGUGAACUCUAAUCAGGGUAAUAGCACUUUUAAACUUUGAAGUAGAUUUACUGUAGGUGUAAUGCCUUAAUCAUGUUUUUGAAUGUUUUCUCCUCAGAGCUGAAGGUUGCUGGGCACCUAAGUGAUGUUUCAUGAUAGCUUUGGGUGAUCCUACUGCUAUUUAUCAUUUGCUGUAUAAAGUUGGCACUACUUAAUUUGCAAGCUGAUUUCUCACAGUGUAAAUUUUGUUCAUUCCUGGUAAUCUAUUUUCUAUAAAAAUGUAUUUUUGCACAACAUUUUUAACAAUUGGUGUAUCUUCAUCUAUGACGUGUUCCAUUUUGACACACAGCUUUCCGGUGUAAAUCCAGAGAAGUGCUUUAUAUGAAGUUUAUUAUUUUGAACAGAGUUUGUGAUUUAGUAUUUUUUGUUGUUGAAUUUGAAAUUUACAGUUCGUAAGUAGUUAUUUAAAAUGGAUAUUGAUGCAUUCAUAUUACCAGAUGAUUGGCCCAUUCCGUUUUGAUGAAACAGAUUUGUUGUUUGGAAAAUCAUUAUUUUUCUAGAAAUGGUCAACCUUUUAAAGAGAAAAUACUUAAGGGGAGGUUAUGGGAAGAAUUUUUUUUUUCCUUUAAAGAAUAGUACCAGCUCUUACUUGAAUGAAAGUCUGAUAUUUGCUGAUGGCAGAGUGAUUAUUCUGUACUCUGGUUGAGGUUUAGAAUAGAUUGUCUG